CUCCUGCACAGACUGAGAUAAACAUCUCGGAGAUCUGAGAGAGAGAGAGAGAGAGAGAGAGAGAGAGAGCGCUGCAGCUUGAGCGUUGAUCUGCGCCUAAGGAUUAAUUCAAAUUGAAGUUUGUGCUUCAUAACUUGCACAAUGACGACUUCUGUGGGUAAAAGGCCGAGCACGGAGCUGAGGAAGGUGCGCCUGCGUGAUGCGGCUCGCUGUAGGCGGAGUCAGGAAACGGAGGUGUUCUACGAACUUGCACACUCAUUACCCCUGACACGCCGCAUCACCUCCCACUUAGACAAAGCUGGGAUCAUGAGGGUAACCCUCAGCUACCUGCGUAUGCGCCAACUUCUCCAGUCUUCAGGGACCAAGGCAACGCCAGCAGAGGAGGAAGAGGAGGAUCCCAUUGAUACGUUCUACCAACAGGCACUUGCUGGCUUUAUCAUGGUCAUGAGUGAAGAUGGGGAUAUGGUCUUCCUGUCUGAAAAUGUCAGCAAGUUUAUAGGCAUCACACAGCUGGAGCUGCUUGGACAGAGUGUGUACGAUUAUGUCCAUCCAUGUGAUCAAGAGGAGCUGAGAGACCUUCUUACCACAAAGCCGGGACUCUUUAAGAAGAAGUCUGAUAGUUGUACAGAGUGCAACUUCUUCCUGAGACUGAAAAGCACACUUACGAGCCGUGGAAAAACCGUGAACAUCAAGUCUGCCACCUGGAAGGUGGUUCACUGCAUAGGCUAUUUGAAGACACUAAAUCAGGAAGGAGAAGACUCUUCACCCGCAGGGAGCUACAUGACCCUGCUGUGUGAACCCAUUCCACACCCGAGCUAUGUGGAAUUCCCUCUGGACAGCAACACCUUCCUCACACGCCACAACAUGGACCUGCACUUCAACCACUGUGAUGACCGGGUGACGGAGCUUGUUGGAUACCAUCCCAGUGACCUGAUCGGUCGAUCUGUCUACGAUUUUUUCCAUGCGCUUGAUUUUGAUCAUCUGACUAGGAGCUUGCAUAUCUUGAUCUCCAAAGGUCAGGUGUGCACUAGCCAUUACCGCUUCCUGGCUAAGAACGGAGGAUUUGUUUGGACCGAAACCCAGGCCACGGUUCUAUACAACAAGAAGACCACGCAGCCUGAAGCUGUAGUGUGCCUCAACUUCAUCCUCAGUGCGGUGGAAGAGGCAGACACGGUGUUCUCCAUUGAGCAGACGCGCAGUGACUCGAUGGAGGACAAACCGAGUGUGAUUACGGUGGACGACUCAGAGGAUGAAAUGAGUAGCAGCAGCAGCAGCAGCAGCAGCGAGCUUUUCCACCGUUUGAAGGACAAUCCAGAGGAUCUUCUGCAGCUGGCACCAGCCCCAGGAGAUACCAUCAUACCACUGACAGAGCAUAGCGAGUUGUUCUUUGGCCGACCAUCCAGCCCCAACACACUGCCCACAUGUCCAAAGGAACUGUGUACCCCAAAACUCCGCCAGCUCCUCUCACCCAUAUUUGACAACCCUGACUCCUCUGAACUGAGCUCGAGCGAUGAGAUUCUCAUGGACACUGGUGAUGUGGAGAAGUUCUUCUGCAAGCCAGAGGAGACUCAGAAAAAGCCAAUGGAGGAUAUGGAUGACAUGGAUCUGGAUAUGUUGGCACCAUACAUCUCCAUGGAUGAAGACUUCCAGCUGACCUUCCUACCACAGUUACCCGAGGCAGAGACACAGACUGAUGUAUCAACCACAGCUUCUAAGAAAAGAGGCCUGGAGGAAGAGGAAGACGUACCAUCUCUAACAUCUAACUGGGAGAAGAGACAGAAGAACUCCCCCAUAGAGGAGGAAUUUCUUCUCACUCACUCCUCGUUGAUUCAGGUUGCAGGAGGUUUAGAAGAGAUGGAGCCUGAGCGUUGGAAACAGAGUCAGCUCCUGACAGACAGAGAUCCUGUGCUGGGAGGAACACAAACACUCUGUGAUACAGCAGCUUUGAUGCGAGAUUCUUUCUCAUCACAACCACCUGAUUUAAUGACUGGGACUGUAUCGUCUCUUGCCUGAGAGAGGAAUUGUAAAUCCUGAAGCUACAACCAAUGUGCUUUAUUGUUUUUUUUUUUAUUAUGAAGUCAUAAUAAAAAGUAUAAUAGUCACAACACAGUAUAAGAAAUUGUGAAUUAAAACCACAUACGAAAGAACAGAUCCUUGCCAGAUUCUUCGGCCGACUUCUAACCAUUUAGCAGACGGCGGGUUGCAGGAACAUAGUUGGGUUUGAAAUAACACCCCCGAGCAGAAUUUGUUGUGAGGGUUGGCAUCAGUCACACCGUGCUCACUUCAAAAACAUGCAUUUCAACUCGAGCAGAGCUGACUGAUGCUGUGACAUCAACGACCAUCCACAUAUCAACACUUUCACAAAACUGAACUGAACUCUGUCACAUGAGAGAAAGUUAAGUGCAAAAUGUUGUGCAAUAAUUCAACAUGGACAACCAGUUUAUUCAGAUUUCCACCUAUACAUUUUCCAGUGCAUGAAUAAACAUGGUCAAAGAAUGAAUUAAACUGAAGAUUGGUUUAGUUUCUGUGCCAUAUUUUGCUGUGGCCAUGGAAGUGCAAGUAUAAUAACCACAGUGUUAAGUUGUGUAACCCUAACUCCAUCUUUUGGUUGUGAAUGAGAAAUCUGAAACGUGAUUUAUUGGUCAUUUUGAGCCUCAUUUUUAAAUGGAGGUGUAUACAUGUCUGAUCGAUGCUAUAGAUAACGCACACAAGAAAUCUUCGCCUUUUUCUGAAAACAUCAUUUUAUUAAACAUUUUAUAUACCUUUUCAUAUGUAACAUGUAAGUAAAUAUGCCAAGCCUUUUGUUUCAUUUCUGUUGUAGCUUUGUGUCCUUUUGAAAUUUACAGUACUCUCUGUAGUGUCCAUGUGAAUAGAAACUUGUCAUGUAUAAGCUUUAGCAGAUUGGGGGACAGUAGCCAGAAAAUGUUUAGUCUUUUGCAUUUAAUCACUGAAUGUGUUGGUUUUUGAUCAUGUAGUUUAUCAGUAUAUGGGCUAGCUUUAUCUCUAACGAUACAGUGUUCGAUCUCAUAUGAAAACUGUGUUUAUGGAUUUGUUCUCAGUAACUUUUUAUUUGAUUAUAUUCAGCAUUAUCCCAUAUUUUAAGAUCUGGGUUGGGAAGCCUUACAAGUUAUGUUGAUGGAUAAUUAAACAUGGCUUGCAUGUACAUUUCCUUAUUCUUUUGUCAUCUGUAAUCCCUGGAUGUCUUGUUUCAUAGUUUUUAAUCCUGAAUUUUCACACUGAUAUGUAACCAUGAAUGAAUUAUUUUUAAUGAAACAAUAAAACUGAGUGUAUGAUGGUGUA